AUGAUAGUAAUGAAUAAAAUAUCUUUAAAAAGAGGUUCUCGAAUCCUGUUCUUCCAGUCAGGACCUCCUCCUCCCCUUUCCUGCGCCAUGUGCACCAUACACCUGACUCGGCUUCUCGCCGUGUCUUCUCACAAGACUUUCAGAAUCAAGCAAUUCCUGGCCAAAAGAGCAAAUCAUCCUGUUCCUCAGUGGAUUAGGAUGAAAACUGGUAACAAAAUCAGGUUCAACUCCAAGAGAAGACACUGGAGGAGAACAAAGCUGGGUCUGUAA